UUUGAAAAGUUUGCUUUGACACCGGUAGUUACUGUUUCACUUCCCCAAGCGAUGGGUGCGGAAAAGAAAACAGAUUCCCUCCCCUCGUCACCAAUUGAGAAGAGAUAUAUUUCUCUUGAAGAAGUAAAGAAGCACAAUCAGCCGGACGAUCGAUGGUUAUUAAUAGAAAACAAAGUUUACAAUAUAACAAACUGGGCGAAAAAGCAUCCUGGUGGAGGAAAAAUCUUAGGGCACUUCAGUGGACAGGAUGCAACGGAUGCAUGGAGAGCUUUUCAUAAUGAUAAAGACUAUGUAAAGAAAUUUAUGAAAGCCCUGUAUGUUGGAGACCUAGAAAGGCCAGAGGAGAGUUUGACAGAAUUAAAAAGUGACUUUAGAGAACUGAGAAAACAUGUAGAGGACAGUGGCAUGCUGAAAACCAAACCCUGGUUCUACGUUUUACAUUUAGCUCACAUCAUAUUGUUAGAAGUAUUUGCCUAUUUUCUUGUUUCAUACUAUGGUGGAGGAUUGUAUACAUUUAUAGCAGCAGCCAUCAUUCUGGCAACAGCUCAGGCACAAGCUGGGUGGACACAGCAUGAUUAUGGACAUAAUUCUGUAUUUCCAAGUCAUAAAAUGAACAAAAUAUUUCAUCAUAUAGUAAUAGGACAUAUAAAGGGUGCAUCAUCUCAUUGGUGGAAUUUCCGUCAUUUCCAGCAUCACGCUAAACCAAAUGUGGGAAAGAAAGACCCAGAUGUAGAUUUUCCUUAUCUUUUGUUACUUGGGGAACAUUUCCCUGUGACCUGGGGAAAACAGAAGAAGGGUUUUAUGCCAUAUAAUCAGCAGCAGAAUUAUUUUUUCUUGACAAUGCCACCAUUACUGUUACCACUCUACUUUCACUUUGAGAAUAUCUUGUUUGUUUUUAAAAGACGUGAUUGGGUGGAUUUGUUGAUGACAGUGUCAUUCUUUGGCCGUUAUUUUUACCUGUACACACAGUUCUGGGGUGCAUGGGGAACUUUUGGAUUCUAUAUGUUUGUAAGAUUUCUGGAGAGCCAUUGGUUUGUGUGGGUGACACAGAUGAGCCACAUAUCGAUGAAGAUUGACGUGGAUCGUGAUAAUGAUUGGUUCACAUCACAGCUGGUAUCUACAUGUAAUGUUGACCAGGGACUGUUCAACGAUUGGUUCACGGGACAUUUAAACUUUCAGAUUGAACAUCACUUGUUUCCCACAAUGCCUCGUCAUAAUCUACAUAAAGUAGCACCAUUAGUCAAGUCUCUGUGUAAAAAGCAUAAUAUUGAAUAUUUAAGUCUGCCUCUGUUUGGAGCAUUUGCGAGACUGGUUACGUCCCUGAAGAAAUCUGGAGAGUUAUGGUAUGAUUCCUACUACAAUGGAUAAUACAUGUAGUCAAGACAACCUCAAUACUCCUAUCGUAUAAACUUUUCUUCUGGAAAAUCAGUUAUGAAUAUUUUCAUGUUUUAACUAAUUGUUUAAUUUUGCAUAUUGUAAUUCUUAUACUUAUUAAUCCAAUUUUUGUUAUUGUUAUGUGAAAUUUGUAUGUAUGUUUGUUUUCUGGAGUUUGAAGUGCAAAUGAAAAUUUAAUACAUGAAUUAUACAUGUUUUGUCCUCAUCACAAUUACAACUUUGACAUAUAAUAAAAUCUCAAUACUAUUGGCUUGCACAUGAACCAAUAAAGGAGUAGGUCCGGUAAGAGCCGAUUUUGGCCUUAAAUUUCAGGUUUAUCCGAUGAAAUAUUUUGUACACUUUUUAAACACUUAAGUGUUAAUUUCAGUCGAUUCAAUUAUUUUAUGUUAAAGAUUUGAACUGAUUUAGUCAUUUAAGACGCUCAAAUGCAAGCUGAAAUAUGAAAAAUCUAUCAAAUAAGCCAUAAUAUGUCACUUUUCAGAUGGUUUUAGUCAAAAAUGAAGGUUGCCGCAUCCGUGUUCACUCUCAACCUUUAUAUAUAUUAUGUAUCAUCAUGAAAUACAACUUACAUUUAAAUAUUAAGAAUGAACACAAAUGCGGCCACUUCCAUUUAAGACGGAAACCGUCUAAAAUUUAACUGAAAUGCUAAAAUUAUGAAGAUUUCAGUAAUUAAGCAUGACUUUAGGAUGCUAGUACCCGACAUAUGUACAUUGUAUUGUCAAAAACAGCCGAUAUUUAUGUAGCAGAAGUAUUCUACUUUCCAAUAAAUAGAUAAACGUUUACAUUUUAACAAUUUUGUAAAACUGCUAUAUUUUGGGGCCAAAAAGGGGUCUUACUGAACCUACUCCUUUGUAUAUUAAACAUAAAGUGGCAUAAUUUUGUAAAAGAAGAAUUUAGAUGUCUUAUUUUAAAAAUUAUAUCAUAUAAUACCAAAAAGCUGGAAAGGCAGUUUCUAUAAAAAAAAAAUGGGAAUUAUUGUUUUUGUGACUUCUAGUUUUCAAAUUUCAAUCAAUGUUGUUUAAAUGACAAUAGUGGUCCCUGUAUAACAAACCCUUUUUUCAUGUUAAAUGUGCAAGUUUUGAUGACUUUCUUUUACUUUGUUUGAAAGCACUAACAUAAGACUAGAUAUAGUAAAUCCUCAAUUCGGGCACCAUUAAAUGUCACCAUUUUGUUUAACGGUUUCAGGUUAAAGUUUUUACACCAUAAAAAUAUGAAAGUGUGAGAGGGGAAUCAUGUCCUAUGGACUUAUACUCUUGUUUUAAAUUGUAUUUAUUUCUUGUUACACCUGUUCAUCAUUGUUGAUUUUGAAAUGUUAAUUUUUUUUAAAUGCAGUUUUUAUAAGUAUGAUUGACAUGAAAGUGAUUUAAGUUAUAAAUAUCAUUUCACUUUUAUCUGUGAUAGUUUCAGUAUUAUUCCACCAAGUAUAUGACCAUCAAAUAUAUUUUAUAUCAAAAACAUUUACAGUUCAAAAUAUCACACUGUAUUAAUGUGUAUCUGUACAGCAAAUAGGAAUACACAUCCUAUUUCAUAUGCCGUACUAACAACCUGUAGUAGAGUGUGAAUAUGGCUUUGUUAAGUUUUUUUUUGCUUUGUUUGGCAAGAUUUAAAAUGAAGAUUUAUUUUUAUCGAAAUGGUAAAAAAUGGAAUAAAAUUUCACACCAGUAAAACUAUAUGCCAUUUUGCAUUAUGUUUUUUUAUUUUCAGUUAUAAAAUAACUAUAGUAGAGUGUAUAAAUCUUUUUGUCAUGUGAUAUCUUUAGCAUUUUAGAAGAAUAGUUAAGUUAAAAACAAACGUUGAUAAGAUGUGCUAUAUUUAUAGGUAAAAAAAAAAAUGUUUUCAAUAAAACUUGUUAUGAAAUAAAGUUAUUAACAUGCUCAUUGCUACAUAUAUAGAUGUCAUUUUAUGUAGAUAUAUCAGUGAUUUUACACUGCUAACUGUAAGCAAUAUUAAAAUAUGACCAUUGAUUAGAUAUUCUAUAUUUGUGGUAAAUUAUUAUUUUUUUCUUCAUUAAAACUUAUUAUUAAAUAAAGUUAUUUACAUGCUGAUUGCUACAUAUAUAGAUGUCAUUUUAUGUAGAUGUAUCAGUGAUUUUACACCGCUAACUGUCUGCAAUAUUGAAAUAUUACUUUUGUAAUACAUCAAACUUUUGAUUGUGCAAAUUACAUUUUCCACUGGAAAUUUAACAAACAAUAAUCAAUUGAAACAUCUAAAUUUUGACAAUCAACUGCAAUACAAGGGAGAUAACUCCAUUAGUUAUUUAUGGUAGAAAAAUGCUAUAAAAUGAAAAGUUUCUAUUGUUAUGUGCCAUCAUUGUGUAUUUAUGAAUUAAUUAAUGGAAAACUGUGAAUUUAUCAUAGUUAAGUGGUUCACUAUGAAUUUAUGAUGGUAAAGUCUUAUUUGUCUUCAAUAGCUUCCACAAAUAAGACCCAUCCUUGAUAAAGUUUUUAAAAAAGGAUUUCAUUAAAUAUAUUGAAAGUGUGCAGUAUUAUCUGGUCUUUUAAUUGGUAAAUAAUUACUUUGUGAUAUUGAUAUCGUGCAAAAACAAUAUUUUUUCUCUUUCUAAUACUAGAAAGUAUACUUACACAUUAUUCUUGAUAUUUUGAUUUAAAGUUAAAGUGGAAGUCUCAUAUUAACGAUGAUCAUAAAAUUAAACGGCCAAUUUAUACAGGAUCAAAUUUUGUUUUCUUGUAAAUCCAUAUACAUAUAUAUAUCAACCUAUAUUUUGUUGGAAAAAUGCCAACAUUUUCAAAUUAUGUGUUUCCUCAAAUAAUUUUACAGUUUAAAAAAAAAUAUAUUAGCUGUAUUGUUAAUACUGAUUUUCUUUGUAAGUACUAACUAUGUUAUUUGAUUAUGAGAAUAACUUCAUUAAUAUUAGAAAUUUAAUUAUAAUUUACUUUUGGUAUAAUUUAGGAUUUUUGUAUCUACUAAUGCUGAUACACUAUUUACAUUGGUGAUAGGAUGAGUUUUGAAGUUUAAUCCUCUAAACAUAAAGGAAAUAUUUUUGUAAAAUACUGUAACUGUAAUAAGAAUUUAUGAAGUGUACUUAAUGUUGAUAUUCAAUUCAAUUCAAUUCAAUGUUUUAUUAAAGUCUCAUCAUUGUUAUGAAUGUGUAUUAUAAUUCAUAAUUAUUGUUUUUUUUUCAUAUAGACAUCAAUAAUAUAUCAGGGACAGUAAACUUAUGUCUUUCAGAAAAACCAUAUUUAUAUGGUAAUUUUUCAGGGAAAGUAGUUUGCUAGUUCACCUAUCGAAAGUGUUCAUGAAAUGUUAAAUAAGCAAUAUAAAUAUUUAUAUGAGUAAUGAAAAUCUAAAAUUUUUGCAAAAAUUUGGAGGGGAUAGUUUUCAACAAAAAAAUCCUGACAUUUUGAAUUUUGAUAGCAUUAUUUGUAUAAAGCAGCAUUUUCUAAAAAUUGCAAUACUCAUAAAGCUUUCUUUGUCAUUUGUUGAACAAUCAAAUUAAUCAGAACUUGUAAAAAAAUUCUAAGUUUACAGUAAAUGAAUAAACAGUGGUGUGGGCUAUAUGGGAAUGAUACACCAACCACAAAAAGCAAUAAAUAUGUAGAGGUCAAAGUAAGGUCUGUAACAAUAGACAAAUGUCUAUACCAAAUGUCAAGCUAAAAUUAGAGCUCUUGAAAUCUUGGCAAGUAUGUUGAUAUCACUGAUUCUGGCUUCUUUUACCACUACCUCUGAGGUCUGGUGAUGGAGCAGGAUCGUUUCUAUCUUUGGUCCAUACAAAAAUAACCUUAAGUAGAUCAAGAUAGAAAGGGAGAGUUUACCUAUUCAUUUUAUUAACAAUAAUCCCAUGUCUAAUUAUUUUGAUUAAUGACAAGUAUAUACUGAGUGACAAUAGAAAUCUAAUUCUAAUGUUUAUUUUCUAUCCAAUAAAAAUUAAAGCAAAAAAACUAUUCAUUGCAAUCUUUCGAUGCUUUCUUAAGAUAUGCAUACAUAACUUUUCUGGCAAUUUUUAGGGAUUCAUGAUUUUAAGAUUUAAACAUAGACAUCCACUUUUAACCAACAAAGAAAUGAAAUUUGAUUGUUGGUCAGAAAAUUUUAACUACAUAAAUCUGUAAGGAAAUAAGAAUGGUUGAUUUAACAAUUAUAAUCACAUUUGUAUGCAAAUCUGGAAGUUUUAAUUUUGUGCACUAUGAGACUAGUGGAAAAAUAUAUAUAAAAAAAAGUGAUGUGACAACAAAUUGUUCAAGUUAAGUGUAGCCAAAUGUUCAGAGAAUACAAUUAUUGAUUUAUUUUGUAAAUAUCAUUGAACAAGGGUUCAAAAAGAUGUGUUGCAUUUCUAUUGACACUCAUUAUAGUUUUCUGUUAUUUAAGCAUUUUUCAAUCUAAUUUAUUUUUUAUAGAUGUUUUAAAGCUUAAUGUUAUUUUUAUAAUAUUUUUCACAAUAAAAUUUACUUUAAAGAA